AUGAUAAUUAUUUGUAUUAAAUUGAAAUAAUAAUAAAUAAUAGGUAUAUCUAUGUAAUUAAUAUUAAUUAAUAAUAACAAUCUCACAAUAGCAUAGAAUGAUAUAAUUUAUGAAAUGUUAAAGAUGUGAAA